GAGCACAUCACUGGAGAUUCUGCUCUCUGGACCCUCACAAUGCUACCCUGGAAAAGGAGCAAGUUUGUGCUGGUGGAGGACGAGGAGAAAUCGAAGCACAAAAGUCUGACUGCAGGCUUAACCUAUAAUUCCAUCAUCUCCUAUUUCAUGCGCUCCUGCCCAGACAUUCUCCAUGACUACUCCUUUGAAUGGCUGGGAAGCAUGUUCAAAAGCAAACGGCAGAAAGUGGAGCUGAACAAGGACGCCCCGACUUACACAGUGCGCUACCUGGGGAACGCCGUGACCCUGAACGCCAAGGGAGAGGGCUGCAUGGACGACGCGAUCAACACAAUCUGGACCAAAAGCGACUUCGGCAGCCAGAGCACCAAAAUGAAAUUGACUCUGGGACCAAACGGAAUCAGGAUGAGCCACUCCGAAAAGGGAUCUAAAAAACCUGGACACUUCUACCUUUUACACAGGAUUACCUACUGUGCAUCUGACUCCCGGAGACCCAAGAUACUAGCUUGGGUUUACAGGCACCAGAUCAAACACAAGGCAGUGGUGCUUCGGUGCCACGCUGUGCUGGUCACCAAACUAAACAAGGCGAAAGCUAUAGCUCUGACCCUUUGUCAGACUUCCACCUCUGCCUUCAAUGAGUUCAAAAGACUAAAGAGGCAGAAUGAUUUCAGGCAUAGGCAGCAGCAGCUUUUAGGGGAGGACAUUAUUCCCUUGAUGCCCAUUAGGAAACUACUUAAUGGACAGUGCCACCACAGGCCACCAGUGGAUAGGAUCAGAAGCGCCCGCAGAUUGAGCUCAAUAUUCGAGGAGGAGGAGGAGGACAAACAAUGCUCAUAAUAAGAGUCAGCAGCAAAAAAGACUAUGACCUGAAUGCUUGCAGCAUUAGCAGCAACAUCAGGUGCUUAGCAAGGCAUACCAGUGUGACAAGACAGUGCAAAGAGAAGAACGCUACUGUGUAUAAUUAGAUCGUCCUCAGAGUGUUCUGUGCUGUACUCAAGGAUGGGGCAGAUUUCUUUUUUUAUUAUAUAAAUGUAAUAGUAAAUAGAAACAAUGUUUCAAAUACCUUUAAUCUUUUUGUCAUAUGCUCACUGUUUUAAUGCAGUCCAUUUUGCUUUUAGAUCUGUGAAGAAAUUAAC